UCCCUCCUGCCGCAGUCAAUGAGGAGGCAGCGGCCGCGGCGGAGCUCCGCACUCGCCGGGGGCAGCGCAGCGCGGCGGGGCGGGGAGGCUCGGGGGGCGCCGCCGCCGCGCCAUGGCGGGGCGCUGAGGGAGCCGGCAGCCGGCCCCGCCGCGGCAUGGGCAGCCGCGGGGUCGUGCGAUGAGCGCUGCCCCCCGCGCGAAUAUGGGCACAGCAGUGUCCAAAAGGAAGACGCUGAGGAACGAGGCCAUGUCGUCGGUGGCGGCUAAAGUGAGAGCGGCAAGGGCUUUUGGAGAGUAUCUUUCACAAAACCACCCCGAAGGCAGAAAUGGCUCAGAUCACCUGUUAGCAGACUCCUAUAUCGGCCAGGAGGACUCCCCCGAGAUGCAGCAGGCAGCACAGAACAAGCGCAGGCUCUCCGUCAUCUCAGAUGGCAAGUUUGAGAGGAGCUUCUCUGAGGAGCAGACAGAGAAGAUGCCAAGCGAGGGACCGAAGCCACGGGUCUACACGAUCUCCGGUGAGAGGCCGAUGCUGUCAGACCACGAAAACGAAAGCAUGGAACUGGUGGUGAUGAAGGGGGCUGCCCAAGAGGAUUGCCACCAUGGCCACCAUGCGCACAGCGCCAGCGGCUCUCACGGCGUCAGCAGGCACUGCAAGGGCUGGCCGGGCAGCCGGCAGGGCUCCAAGGAGUGCCCAAACUGCUCCCGGCUUGCUGCCCCUUCCCACCAUUCCUUUGACCUGGAGCAGCAUCAGUCCAGUGAGACUGGGUGGCACAGAAAAAGGCUGGAGAGGAUGUACAGUGUCGAUCGAGUGUCUGAUGAUGUCCCCAUACGAACCUGGUUCCCUAAAGAGAACCUCUUCAGUUUUCAAACUGCUACUACAACUAUGCAAGCCAUCUCGGCGUUCAGGGGCUACGCAGAAAGGAAGAGACGGAAACGAGAGAAUGAUUCUGCAGCUGUUAUACAGAGGAAUUUUCGGAAGCACCUCCGCAUGGUGGGGAGCCGAAGGGUUAAAGCACAAACAUUUGCCGAACGGCGUGAGAGGAGCUUCAGCAGGUCCUGGAGUGACCCGACUCCCAUCAAAGCUGAUUCCUUCCAUGACUCUCGAGAAAGCCAUGACCUUCAGGAUUCCUGCGGCACUUUGGAUGGCGACUUUGACUUGAACUGGGAAGCAGAAAAGGAGCUUGAAGCCAUGGCAUGCGAUGGAGAAGACUUUAUUCCACCAAAAAUAAUGCUCAUUUCUUCCAAGGUGCCCAAAGCUGAGUAUGUCCCAACAAUUAUCCGCAGGGACGAUCCCUCUAUCAUCCCCAUUCUCUAUGACCAUGAACACGCCACCUUUGAUGACAUCUUAGAGGAAAUAGAGAAGAAGCUUAACAUCUAUCGGAAAGGCUGCAAGAUCUGGAAGAUGCUGAUAUUUUGCCAGGGAGGUCCCGGCCACUUAUACUUAUUAAAGAACAAAGUUGCCACCUUCGCCAAAGUGGAGAAGGAGGAAGAUAUGAUCCUCUUCUGGAAGAGGUUGAGUCGUCUGAUGAGUAAAGUCAAUCCUGAACCAAAUAUCAUUCACAUUAUGGGCUGCUAUGUUCUUGGAAACCCCAAUGGGGAGAAGCUAUUUCAGAAUCUGAAAAACUUAAUGAAUCCUUAUAGGGUUGCCUUUGAGUCUCCACUUGAACUAUCAGCUCAAGGUAAGCAAAUGAUUGAGACUUACUUUGACUUCCGCCUUUACCGCCUCUGGAAGACCCGCCAGCACUCAAAACUUUUGGAUUACGAUGACAUUUUAUGAGCUGGAGAAGACUUUGCAAGAAGAAGUUGAUCACCAGUGUCCAAGAAGUCAUGCUUAUUGCAGAGAGACUUUUUUAUUGGCACAGGGAGCCCUUCAAAGCCCUACAGGAGGCAGCAGAGCUAAAGGGAGGGAAGAAGGAGCCCUCAGAAGUGUAUCGGGAGGAAAGUCUCCUGGGUCAAGAGAGACUGGAGGGAAAGGGUUUGACACCUCACUCGCCUCAGGUCAGAGCUGUGGUGUCUCAGGAGGAGCUGUGUGAAAUGAGGACAGGAUGGAGUUCCUUGCAGAACUGAGCUGUUUUGGGUCAGAAUGGGCCAGAUUUGAUUCCAGGUCCUUUUAAAGACUUUUAAAGCUCAGGUUUUCUUACAAAAAAUAAAAUAAAUUACCCAUGCACUACAAUGAGGAAGUGACCAGAGCACAGAGGAGGGAGGGUUUGGUACUGAUGGGACCUUCUGUGCUUGGGGAUCUUGGAGAGCAAGGACUGCUACACCUACUCCUGCAAGCUUAGAUCAAGAUGAUCCAGUUUCAAUGUGAAUAUAUACUGGAAUAUAGAAUUGAAGUCUAACUCUUUUUGUUUUGUUUAAUAGAAAAUAAGUGCAAUUUUUAUAGAGAGGGGGGUAAAAUCUCUCCCAGUAUUUAAUUAGUUAAAAAUAACACACCAGUAACCAAUAGAUGAGGUAUUUUUGGUCUGCUUGAAAAUAUAUUCAAAAUGGUAAUAUAUCUUCUGUAGACAUAUUUAAUCACCAGCAAACAUGGUUUUAACAUAACUUAGCAGACCCUGCAUGUCUGCUGCAUUGAUUAAUCUGGUUUGGUUCGUUACUUUCAGAGUAGCUGUGUUGCACUAAUUGUAUGUGCUCUCACGAAUGUAUAUUUCUCCUCCAGUUAGCCACAACUUUAUUACUUUCUAUUUUGCUGCUUGCAAAACUAUGUGACUUUAGUUUUGCUGAAAUAUUUUAGGUUAGGAAUACAGUGUCUGACUGGGAAACCUCGGUCAGGUUCUCUAUGGUAUAAAAAUGAAUUAGAAAUUAAUAGCCAUGGUAACUACUUGUUCAUGCUGGUGUUUUGCUACGUGUUGAGAGAUGAGUUCUCUUUCUAGUCUGCUGUGUUGAACAGCGAGGUUACAUGACCACUGGAAAUCCUCCAAGGAGACUGAGGCAUUUGGAAGAAAUGCUUCUUGAAGAAUACAGCCCGGGUUUGUAGCAUGAGUUUGAAUCUUCCCUAUGUUCACUUGAUUGCAAGUUGUUUGUGCAUAGAUCACCUCUUUUUCCAAUGCUAUAAAGACCUGUUUGUUGGUCUGAGCUGCUCACAUCCCUUCCUGUGUAGGACAAAGCAAACACAGAGCUUUGUCAAAGCAGGUGUGGUUUGAGAACCCAGAUUUGUACUUGAUAUUUGAGGAUAUAUUUUGGAAUAUAUUUACUUCUUGUUUGUUUAGGGUGGGGGUUGAUUUCUGUUUUGGGAUGGGUUUUGUUUUGUUCUGUUUUUGUUUUUUUUCAGCUGCAACUCUCCUGUUCAGAGGAUAAAUACUACUUAGUCUGUGUUGGUCACUCUAGCUGUUCUGGGAGAUUAUACGAUUUAUUUCUUAUCUAAGUGAAAUGUACUGGGGAAUAACAGGGAAGGAUUACCUUGUUUUCCUGAUUUCCUGCUAUCUAAAUUUUUUCAUUGUGAAGUGAUGGCAAAUACAUGUACAAAUCUUGUUUUAAAUACUUACAAAAAGAACUAGUUGUUCUGACCUGUAGAGUACUCCUUCCCUCUGUGACAUGUCUGUGGUUGUAAUUUUGGGGAGCAGGUCCCUGGCUAGAACUGCUGAACCCUGUACAUUUAUAGCAGUUUUAUAGUAAAGCUUUUGAAGAAACAUUGUACAUAUGGUAAGUAAGGAGAGGAAUAGGUGGAGAGAGAGGCUGGAGCCAUUGGAAGUAAUGCAUGGAACCAAAUAGCUGUGAGCUGUUUCCUCCCCCUCUGGUUAGGAGCUGUUAGGAGGCUGCCCCGCGCCUGCUGAGCUGGCGUGAGGAUGGGCAGGGCUGGUACCUGCACCGCGUCCCUGGCCGGACUCACGUUUUCCAGAUCUGUAGUGAAAGGAAUAGUGAGCAGAGGCCUAGGAUUUGGGGAAGAAAAUGACAGAUAUUAUAAAUAAAUAAAAUUUUUUGAUGUUUAGCAUGGUAGCUUCCACCAGCUGUGCCUGUGAGAGGUGGGAGCUGUAGGUACCAGAAAGCAAAGUCAUGUGUUGUUUAGAGGAGAUGGUAGUGACAGGAUGAAAAUGCUGAAGCAAAACUCUCUCCCUUUCUAAAACUCUCUCCCUUUCUGACCCUUUUACCUCCUGUGGUUAUGCUCCUAAGUGGAGACAAACAAAUUGUUCUUCCUCUUUCUUUUCUGAAGUAAAAUCCCAAUUCAGUGAACUUGGUAGCAUGAAUGUAGCAUUGUGGAACUAUUGAAAAUCUUCUGUAACUCUGAAAGGGCCCAUUUAUAUAUCCACUUCAGUGAUUUCUCUGUAGAACCAGUGUGUAUCUAUCAUCAUUGACCACUUGUAGAACUUGGGUUGCAAAGUAGAAGGGUAGGUUGUACAGUUGCAUAACUUCUGUAGGAAGAUGUAUGUUUGAAUGAACACGACUGUUUUACUGGUGCAGUUGACUGUAGUACAAGUAUAAUGACAAACAAUUAAUGCAUUUCUCUCCUUUCCAAAGAUCUAUAUCCCACAUAGUUUGUGAUGUUUAUGACAUGAGCGUAUUAUUUCCUUUGUAGCAUUCAUUUAACUAAAGAGAUUAAAUACUCUAAAAGCUGUGACGGGAAAGAUAAUUGAAUUUUGGUGUUUAAAGUCUUCUGUGCAAAUAGUGUCAUUGAAGUGUUAACUGUUUAUGAAAGAGGAAAAAAAGACUGCUUCCCCUUUAACUUGUUGAAUUUUUCAAGUGUCUGUUGGGGAAGGAAGGGAUCAUCAGAGGAUAGGCUGAAAAAAAAAUUGUAAGUAUUUAAACCAUAGUGUUAACAAUAGAGCCUGUAACUUCCUCAGUCGGACCAGCCUGUAAAAGAUGACCUCUGUGUGCAGUUGUCAUCAGAGCACGGCACAGCCAGCACAUCCCCUCUGCAGAGGUCAGGAGCCUGUUCUUGCACGCCGUGCGCCUGUGCAGUGGCUUCUGCUCAGGGCAGCCCCCGGCAGUGCCUGCAAGGCACAGCUUGCCCGCAGGGCGCUCUGCCUGGGGGAACUGUGGCUGCUGAGCACACGGGACAAUUUGUCCUUCCACCUCUUCAUGCUUUUCCAGCUUUGAGCUAUCUGCUGUUCAGAUGUGACUGUUGGAAGCCCUAGAACAGGUUUGCUCACACACAGUAAUUGCUGUCUAAAUUGGAGCUUACCUCUAAUAAGGAUAAUUCUAGUGAGCGGUUUGCGGCUGAGCAGGUGAGCUCAUGCUAACCGUCCCUGUUAGAGGAUCAGCAGCCCUUUUGCUUUGGGCUCUGCACCGUUAUGCACUGCCCCACCACGGCGGGUGGCCUGGUGUUACUGCAGCUCCUGGGCAGUCUGGAUUUGCUCUUAGCACGGGCAGGAGAAACAGGGACACCAGUUUAACCCCGAGACAAGUAGAUUAAAUUGGGAUAGCUAAAUCGUUUCACCCCAGCCAUGUAUGAGAGCUUCUGCUCUUCCUGUGAGGCAGUGCAGGAUGUCACCUCUAACCCCUCUCCGGGCCUGAUGAACAUCAGCAGAGGGCUCUGCUAGUUGCAGUGCCCUGGGCUGGGAUCAUCGCUUCCAGGAAAGGAGAAAGGGAAGCCCCAGGUGCAUCAGCUGCCCAGACUGGUGCUCCUCAGCCAGGCUCAGGCACUGGGAGCAGCUGCUGACGGUGUGGUGCCUGCAGAGAACGUUCACUCUGCUGUAGAGGCUGGGGGGGGGGAGGGGGGGGAGGGGGCAUCUUUUUGGAUGUGGCACUUGUUUUAUACAAGGUUUUGUAGAGAGGCUUUUCUCUUUUCACCACCAUUGGCUGGGAAGGAAAGGAAAGAAGAAAAUUCAGUUACCCUGGGGACAGAGGAAAACUAAUACAGCUUUUGGCACCCCUCCUCAUGCUGCAGCCACCAGCUUCCCUUUGCAGGCCUGGGAUGGGAAACAGGAAUUGGCAGAUCAGCCCUUUACUGCGUUAAGUAAACAGAAACAGAAAAAUCCUUGUAGCUCUAGUGAAACAUCUGACUGCAAAAGGCAGCCAGCCAACCCACCCUGUCCCUGUGUGAGGACUCCGCUGUGCAUAACCAUGGGACCUACCCACCUCUGCCUCUGAGUAGCUUGAGCCACGUCUCAUGGCCUUGGGGAGCUCUGCUCUGCCUCCAAGGAGCACUGCUUUGCUGAGGCCACUCUGGAAAUGAUUUUUUUCCUUAUUUCCCAGCCUGGACUUGUCUGAAGCUUGGCACAGCUUUCCUGCUUCAGUGGCUUCUGGACAGCAUGCAUGUACAUGCUUUCACCCCAUCUCUUCACACGCAGUCAGUGGGGGAGACUUUCCUCCUCAAUUGCCCUUGCUUGUUCUGCCACGCGCAGUGAAGCAUAAGGCAAUGUCACCAUUGUUGUCCCUGCGGUGUGAGCGUCUCUCCAGCUCUUGGCAUGCAUCCAUUUUGCAAAUAGCUGCUGUUGUUUCAGGACCCGACUGUGUUAGUGACCUGUGGCUGGGAGUUCCUGUUUCCAGGGCUCUGCUGGCAAAGUGACUGCAAAUGCUGCUUGGUCACCUUCAGGCAACACAGUCGGGGCUAGCUGAGAGGGAAGUGCUGAUUUUAAAUAGCCUGGUGGGACCUGGAAGGGGGAGCCUGUCCUCAACCCCAGCCCCACCAGGAGGUGGAACAACAGGCUCGCUCUGCUUUCUUUGUGUCCAUGCAAACGUUCAACCCUUCAAAACCCAGUGUAAGAGUGACACAUACAUUACUAAUGGUCCAGGAUGUGAUAUGUUACCAUGACUAAAAAAAGUCCUUCCGAGGCUGCUGGCAAUUGGCAUGAGUUGCCAGAACAUCAGAGGAUGUGCUGGACUGUGUCAUCCUUCCCCGAGCAACCCAACCGCACUGCCCAGCGCAGGAAGCGGAGUUGCAGGUACACGUUCAGCUGAAUCACUCCACACUCGUGGUUUUGCCAUAACAUUCCCUGGAACUGGUGAUACAGACAGACCUUCCUCAAGGAUGCCAAACAGAUAUCCUCCCCAGGGAUACUGAGUGGCAAUACCAUUUUCCAAGUCAUCUGUAAAAAAAUAAAAAAUAAUAAUAAAAAAGUGAUCCUGUAUCUUGUCCCACUGAUCACAGAAUAUCUGUGGCUUUCUGUGUCUUUCAUGGAACUGUUUUUUUAUUUCUCCAUUGUGGAAAUCCAAGCCAAAGUCAACUGGAAACUGUUAUGGCCUUGAUAAGAAGUCAGCCUGUAAUAAUAAUUGUUUACUGGAGCUGUGAGUAAGUGGGUGGUUUAAUUACUAUGACCCUGACUGUAACUGUCAUUACUCCCAGGUAAUCAGUAAGGGUUUGCUCUAUCUACAAUCCCAGUGAUAGCUGCUUUGAUUCAGAAAUAAAUUCUGCCCAACAUACUACCAGUCAGUGUGGAAAACUUGGAAACAGUGUGGAAGUAACAAAAUUAUGCACAUUACAUGUAAAUAAUCCACCAGAAGGGAAUCUAAAUUGCAUUUUUCCAUAAAUGUUUAGUAAACUUUAAAGAACUACCAUGACCUAGUGAUUUCUCACAUUACUGUAAUGUUUUUAGUAUCUUUAAAAUUAGUCACUUCGGUCUUAUUGCUGCAUCCAGAUGAGCUGAUGGUUGAUCACAGCAGUAGUGGCCCUAGAUGUACUCCUAGGGACCCUCAGGCAGCCAACACAGCCCAGCUUUAAUCGUUCCUAGCGGUGUAGCCCUUCGUUUGAGUCACCGAGUGUGCAGAGCAAUAACCUGCUAGCACUGCAGCUCCCCGGCUCCCCACCGUCAGUGGGGUCAAUGUGGCUGAAUGUCGUCUUCCUCUCGUGGCUGUGCGUGGAUGUGGCGCCUUGUACACGUGGAGUGUUUCUUACCUGGGGAAGCGGAAUUGCAGCAGGGCCAAGAAGGCUGCGACAACUGGCCAGGGACCGCUUGCUGCCGCGGUCACACUGGCCCUGGCUCAGGACCAGCACACCUGCACGCAGGUGGCAUUCAAAAAGCUUCAACAGAAAGUGGGAGGUUAUUUUAUUGGAGUUCCUUUUUGUUUUUUCUUUUUUUUCUUUUUUUUUUUUUUUCUUUUUUGUUUGUUUGUUGUUUUUUUUAAGUGCUAAAACUCAGUUGUACUGGUAUGGUCUCCACUAGAAGGUCCUGCUGGUGCAGAGCUGAGAAUUCAAGAGAAGUGGCAGGUAUCUUUGCCUUGACAUUUGAAAUGCCCUAAAAACAUCUCAGAUAUGUACAGCAAAGCAAGGUGCUUUGAGUAUGGAUCCUGCUCCCCUUGCACCACUUGCUAAAUGAGACGUUACUUUAUUAGGUGCUGAGGUGGGGAUACUGAAGAAACCGAGUGAGCUUUGUGUGCCACAUCCCAGGGAAACGGGUUGGAGUUGUACCCAAAGAAGCAAGAAGGGGCUGUAGUUUUUCUGCUGUGUGUUUCCUGUUGUUUCUAACCAACACUAUUCCUGGAACUGGGUGACUUCAGUUGUGAUGUCAGGCGAUAGCCGCAGCAAAAACUGUACUCGCAGGUCUGGAGGUCAGCGUGCUUUUAAUAUCUUCACCGUUUCCACUGAGUUCAGACACCAGUUUUCAUUUCCAGUUCCUUUGCCCAGCUGCAAGCCCUCACUUUGUUAUUGCAGAGCUGCCAGUGAAGGCUGCUCGUUGGUUUUCUGAAAAGAAACACAUGUACGUGAGCAAUGAGUGGGAAAGGUAAGCGUGCAGGCUUUGAAAAUAUGGAGAAGGAUACUUUAUAUCCUGCAGUACUUUUAAACUCUGAGCUACUUGAGCAAAUUAUGUUCAUCCAAAUGAGAAAAGGAAAGAAGUGUGGUUGUCAAAAUAACAGGGGAAAAACAACCCAGAGUGUGAAUAGUAAUUGACCAUUUGACAAAUCCUGUGCAGAUGAACCACUCUGUGGUCUAACUGCCUUUGCUUUCACCUGAGUUCAGAGGGAGCUGACAGCACCCUGCUGCUUUCAAAACCAAGGCGUGUAGGAGCAGUGAAACACCGAUGCAUUCAUCUGUGCUCCUCUGCACUGCCCCAGGCGAAGCUCCGCAAGAAACCGCCCCGGUGUGUCUGAGCUGCCCGCGUGUCCCAGCUCAGCUGGGAGCCAAACAGGUGCACGAGGGGCUGGAAAAGUCGGCCCCUAGAGAGCCUCUAGGCUGGAGAGCUGAACUUCAGAUGUGCUGGUUUGAGGCAAAACCUUCUGAAAUUGAGAGGUUUGUACACAAGGAUUGUAACCUUUGAGCUCUCAGUGGGCCCUGCACCAGCACGCUGGCUCCUUGGAGAGGGCAGAAGAAAGCUAUUCUGAGGCACUGCCCCGUUCUAGAUGCAGUUUCUGGCUGGCUCAGUGAUGUCUGGGCACGGGGCAGCCCUGGCUGUGAUGCAGGAGACCUCUGCCAUCUCUGCUGCCAUGUUAACAUGUUUCUCUGAGACUAUCUGCUGCUUUGUGUAUGAUAACCAGGUUUCAAUACAUGAAUGUUUCUAGGUUUUAAGAUGUGAUUUAAUAAAAAGAGACAUGUCUGGGAAAGCA